UACAUUGUCAUUGGGUUUCUGCUCGUGAUCUGUGGUUCUCAAAGUCGGACGUGCGUUUCAGAAGCAGAUCAUGUACUGGGGAGGAGUUCAACUGAGGUGGGGGUAUGCGAGGGCAGCAUUUAGCUCACUUCUCCCCCGGGUGAGGUGUCAUUCUCGCCUCACGCAGCUGCGGAAAUGAGAUGAAAAACUGAGCUGCCACUUUAGGAGGCUUUCGCUGUGCUGGAUGGCAGCUUGCAGCUUUCUGCAAACAAAGAGGAAAUCAACAGGUGGAGGGGAAUGAAGAUUUGAUUCUGCAGUUGGUGGAUUUUUUUUUUUUUAACAGAAGCUUCAGUGACUGCGCGAUUUUUGAUUCAUUGACUGAAGUGAGCUACAACUCAGACCUCUGAGGGGACUACAACAUGAAUGUGCUGUCAAACCCAGUGAUCAGGGCCCAGGAGCAGUCUCUACCGCUCUGCGGCCCUGGGUCAGUCCAGGACUUAGCCCACUGCCCUCCAGGGUUUAACCUGAGCUCCCGCCUGAAUCCUGCGCCCAUGCUCGGCCUCCAGGGUGGUCAGAGAUCAGCCAAACCCCAGAGGGAGCUGAGUCACGAGGAGCAACAGGAGCUGAGGAGGAAGAUCAACAGCAGGGAGAGGAAGCGAAUGCAAGACUUGAACAUUGCCAUGGACGCCCUGAGGGAGGUCAUGGUGCCUUACGCCUCCUCGCCUUCCUCCGCCUCCUCUCAGUCCCACCAGCCUGGAGCUCCUCCAGGCCGCAGGCUCUCGAAGAUCUCCACCCUGGUUCUGGCCAGGAACUACAUCCUCCUCCUGGGUUCAUCCCUGCAGGAGAUGCGGAGGCUGCUCGGGGAGGUCAGCGUCGGCAUGGGAGUGAACACAGGACCAGUCCCGAGGCUUUUGCUCGCUGGCGGGUGGCCCCUCAUCUCGGGCCCCAGUCAGCUCCUACUCACCCAGGAAUCCCUCCUCUCCUCAGCAGCAGCCUCCUCCUCUUCCUCCUCCUCCUCCUCCUCCCCGUCCUCAUCCUCUGCGGCGGCUAAAUGUUCACUGCUGUCACCGGGUCCCAUGGAAGCGUCACUGGCACCGGUGCAGUGGAGCUCUGCAGGAGCCUCAGGGGGGCCCAUGUGUCCCUGUGGCGUCUGCAGACUGCCCAGAUUCAACCACUCCGCCCCAGCUCCCAGAUUCCCAAAAUGACACUUUGCAGGCGAAAGCUGAGGAAUAUUUCUGACUUGAUGACUGUUAAUGUAUGCAACAUUUUUUUUUUUUUAUAUGAAUUGUUAUUUUUCUAACAUCUUAAUGUGUUGAUAUUUUACUACACUACUAAAGAUUAUGGAACUGUUCUUAUGUCUCAGUCUAAUAGUGCCUGUCUGAAUGCGAGCUGAGAUGCUUUUCUUAAGUGUAACCUGUAAUAGCUGUGUGCACGGCGUGUAUUGGCUGCAGUAUUGUGCUGUAGUGUGUUGAAUGAUAGUUGGUGACAAAUCUGAAAGAGCCCCUAAAAGAAAGAGAGGAAGGCCUCUUAUGAAAUAAAACAUCUGCUCGUUAAA